UUGGCAUGCCCGUGCUGUCACCAUCGCCCUAUGUCUGUGCGGUUUCUCCUUUGGUGGAAUGCGGCUGGGUCGUUGCGGGCUGAGGCUCGUCUUUGGGCUGCCCUGGUUCCGCGGCGUUCGGUUCCCGGCCCGGUGUCCCGGCGGGUUCGCAGUCGCGGGCCGGGGCGAGCGGCAGCGCGGGCUGCGGGCGGCGGCGGCUGCAGUCCCAGCGCGCACCGCUGGGUGGUGCCCUCGGCCAAGGCGGCGCCGAGCGGCUGCGGCAGCGGAGGCGGCCGAGCCCGGAGCGGCACAGCCCGAGCGAGCCCGGCCCGGCCCGGCCCGGCCCGGCCCAGCUUAGAGCAGCCCAGCGCAGCCGGGCGGAGGUGGCGGCGGCUGCGGCAGCGAGCGCUGCCCCGUGUCCCCCGCUGCCGGGACAGCCCGGCUGCAGAGGUUGCGGAGCGCCGGCCGCAAUCUGAGGCAGCGAGGGAAGGCGCCCGCGCCGCACUUGGCCGCUUGCUUUCGGCGGGGAAUCGCCCGGGACAGCCGCCCAGAGACCGACACCGGCCGCCGCCGCCGCCGCCGCCGCCGCGCCAUGGCGCUCGCAAGGCAAGUGCUUUGUGUGUGUGCUUUGCUGUCGCUGCCGCUCGCUCGCGCCGAGCCCAUCCGCUACUCCGUGGCCGAGGAGGCGGAAAGCGGCUCCCUGGUGGGCAAGCUGGCGGAGGAUGCGGGGCUGCCGCCGGCGCAGCUCUCGGCUCGCCGCGCCCGCCUGGUGUCGGAGGACGGCCGGCAGCAUUUUCGCUUGGAGCGCGCCUCCGGCCGCCUGCUGGUGGCGGGGAGGCUGGACCGGGAGCAGCUGUGCGGCCAGUCCGCCACCUGCAUGCUCCCCUUCGAGCUGCUGCUCUCCGGCCCCCUGCAGUUCUUUCGCGUCGAGGUGACUCUGGAGGACAUCAAUGACCAUUCACCAGUUUUCCGAGAAGACCGAGUCACUUUUAGGAUUCCGGAAACGAGCGAGCCAGGUACACGGUUCCCUUUGGAGGUGGCUCGGGACCUGGAUAUUGGCAGGAACACAGUCCAGGAGUACAGCAUUUCUCCAGAGAGCGAGUAUUUCAGUGUCUCCUAUGGGACUGGGGUAACAGGCAAGAAGUAUCUUGAACUGAUUUUGGAAAAGCCACUAGACAGAGAGGAGCAGACAGAGAUGAGUUUCAAUGUUAUUGCCGUGGAUGGGGGCUCUCCUCCCAGGACUGGUACCACCCAAGUGACUAUAGUCAUUCUGGAUGCAAAUGACAAUGCUCCCAUAUUCUCACAGGAGGUGUACAUAGGAAAGAUUCUGGAGAACAUGCCAGAAGGCUCUGUGGUUCUGACAGUGCUGGCAACUGAUCGAGAUGCAGGAGUUAAUGGGGACAUCUCCUACCAACUUAAUGAAGUGGUUGGUGACAGUGAGUCAGCAUUUGUGAUUGAUGCCAUAACUGGUGAAAUUAAACUCACAAAACCUCUGGACUUUGAGGAAGCAGACAUUCAUGAGCUCAGUGUGAGAGCCACAGAUGGAGGGGGCCUGUCAGCAAUCUGCAAAGUGUUGGUGGAGGUGGUGGAUGUGAAUGACAAUGCCCCAGAGGUGGUGGUCAGUUCCUUCAGCAGUCCCCUCCCCGAGAACACAGUGCCCGGCACGGUGGUUGCCCUGUUUACGGUCAGGGACCGGGAUUCUGGUGCCAACGGGAAGAUCUCCUGUGCCCUGGAGGAUGAGCUGUCCUUCUCCCUGCGGGCAGCCUAUAAGAAUUACUAUGAGCUGGUGACAGUGAGCGCGCUGGACCGGGAGGAGAGGCCUCAGUACAUCCUGAGUGUGACGGCAGCAGAUGCGGGCUGGCCUCCUCUGAGCACCACGCAGACCUUCACCGUGGAGAUCUCGGAUGUCAACGACAACGCCCCCGUCUUCAACCAGAGCUCCUACACCAUGUACGUGCGUGAGAACAGUGCGGCCGCGGUGUUUGUUGGAGCCGUGAGCGCUGCAGAUGCUGACGUGGGGCUGAAUGGCAAGGUGAGCUAUUCCCUGGCAGCAGAGCAAGGGGCGGAGCGGCCCUGGUGCUCCUGCCUGUCUGUGGACUCGGAGAAGGGGCACGUGUUUGUGCUGCGGCCCCUGGACUACGAGCACUUGAGGCAGACGGAGGUGACGGUCAGUGCCUCUGACGCGGGCUCUCCUCCCCUGCGAGCCAACGUCACCGUCCGCCUGGUCGUGCUGGACGAGAAUGACAACGCCCCGCUCGUGCUGUACCCAGCCCAGGAGAGCAGCCCAGGCUCCAGCGAGCUGGUGCCCGUGUGGGCCGAGGCGGGCUACCUGGUCAGCAAAGUGGUGGCCGUGGAUGCGGACUCGGGCCAGAACUCCUGGCUCUCGUUCCAGCUGCUGAGGGCCAGCGAGCCAGGGCUGUUCUCCGUGGGCCUGCAAAGCGGGGAGGUGCGUCUGAGGAGGCCGGUGACAGAGAGAGACAGCGUGAAGCAGAAGCUGGUUGUGCUGGUCAGAGACAACGGCAAGCCCCCGCUGUCAGCCACGGCAGCUCUGAGCGCUCUCCUGCUCAAGGACUUCUCAGAGGUGCGCCUGCCGCACAGCAGCCCGGCCUCCGAGGACCAGGGCGGCUCCCUGACCACCUAUUUGAUCAUUGCCUUGGUCUUUGUCUCACUGCUCUUCCUCGUCUCCAUCGCCGUCUUGGUGGCUCGCAAGGUGUGCGGGAGGCAGGAGCUGAAGGCUGGCCCUGUGCUUUAUGCUGCCGACACCUUGCAGAGCGGCCUGGCCGAUGCAGCCGCUGCAGGGACCCUGCCCCGCGCCUAUUGCUACGAGAUCAGCCUGACCACGGGCUCGGGCAACAGCGAGUUCAAAUUCCUCAAGCCCAUCGUGCCCAGCCUGCCCCCUCAGCACUGCACCGUGGGCCAGGGCCCGGAUGAGGAACAGGAUUUCCCCGGUGUCCCUGUCAGCAGCGAGGACAUGGCCCCAGACACUGCUGGGACUCUCUCUGCAGGACAGUUCAACGCUCUUUCCUUUAACUAGCUGGGUCUCCAGAAUCAGCGGUUUCAAUACCCAUGGAAGGAAUGGAUCCAGGAUGCUCCAUGUGACUGUGGUUCAUCCAGAGUAUAGCUGUAUGUGUAAAUGGUUUAGCACUUUUCCUGCAUAUUCUAUUCAGAAUUUACGUCUACCCCUCCAAAAACUAUUAGGGAAUUAAAAGAUGCCAAGUUUGUCUCACUAAGUUUUAAUAGGUUUCUCCUCUGCUGUGGCCGUUUGUAACAGGCGUUAUGUAUCUGGUUAGCAGUGUCAGCUAUUUUCUGCUUUCUCUUGCUGUCUGACAAGACAGAGGAUCUUUUUAUAAUGAAGUUUAGGACAAUGUCACUGUUGGCCAUACAAAUCGUAUCCUCACUGAAAUGCAAAAAGGCCCUCGUUGAGCUCCAGGAAUGUAAGGAAGUUGUGGCUAUUGAGUCACAAUAUUAUGUGUGCACUAGGGUUUUCUUGCCUGGGUUCUGGAUGUCUCUUUUUGAGAUGGGAGCUCUGUGUGUAGACAUUGAAUAUCUGCAGAUGCUUCAGAAUUACUGCCUGGUGAAGCAUGGCUGCUCCCACCCAGCCAUGACAACAGGCAGUGCCAGCUCAGCAGGGAAGGAAUUGAUUUGGAUCCUUUUGCAACAGCAGUCUCAUCAUCCAAAUCUGACUCAGUGGAGAGCUGCAAAAUGCACAACAAAAUCUUCCUUUGGCUUGCAGGAGGGCCUUGGGUGUUCUGUCUUCUCAGGAUUGCCUUGGAGAUAGAGGAGCACAAAUGGUGUUAGGGUAGACUGUAACUGAACACAGUUGUAGAAACAUGUUCAUUGUUGUUGAAUACAUUGAAGGAAAACUCCAUAAAUACUACAAGCUAAUUAUUAAGAGGAAGAGUAAAGAAGGUCUUGAAAAUUGUCAAUGACAUUCGUCUUUUCAUGGUUGUUCCUGAAUCCCAAGGCUUCUUGAUGGGACUAGAAAGCUGUCCAUGCAUGAUUUUCUGUGUUUGUGUUGGAGCAUUUGCAUUACCAUGCUUGCCCUUUCUCCUCUGAAAUGAACUGAGCACUGUGCUGAGCCUGUUCCUCUAGAGAAGGACUGCCACCCCAGUGUUCUAGAGUUAUCCUCUAGAAUAACUGUUUGUUUGAAUGAUGUCUGUGAUGCACAAAAUAAUCAGAAAGCCUCCCUCUUGCACUGUGAUGUGCUGAAGUGAUACAGUUUAACAUUGUAAAUUGGUAUAACUGUGGGAUUAGGAACUGAAAAAUUGUGUUAGACUCAAAUAAAGACAACACUUGACUGCUUUGGUGGGGACAGAAUUAUUUGUAGAGACAUUACAUCUGGGAAAGCGUAGUCAAGGCUUUUCAAAAUUCUGUGAGUUGCUUUCCCACUGUAUCCCUGGUCUGAAGCAAUGUUGGGUGGGCACAGUUCCUGAACGUGGAGAUGCAACCAGGACACAGUUCAUUGGCAUGCCCCUGCUGUCACCACCAGCCUGUUUCUGCUCGGUUUCUCCUGCUGAGGGAUGGGGCUCUGUCCUUCUGGACUCCACGUCGUCUUUAUGCUGAACCAGGGCCAGGAUGAGGAACAGGAUUUCCCCGGUGUCCCUGUGGGCAGCGAGGACAUGGCCCCAGGCACUGCUGGGACUCUCUCAGCAGGACAGUUCAAUGCUCUCUCCUUUGACUAGCUGGGUGUGCACAGCCAGAGGCUUCAUGGCUCUUGGGAGGAGUGGAUCCAGGCUGCAGCAUGUGGCCAUGGUUCUUCAAUACUUAAUAUGUUCCAAAUUGGCAUAGUUAGUAUCCUGCAAAUUCUAAGUCAGAGUAAAAUUUGUCUUCCCCUCCAAAAACAGAAAUAAGGUAAAAAGGGCGCUCAGAUUCAUUCCUUCAGACAAUAUUGUAUUUCAGCUCUGUCUCAGUCAUUUCUGGUAGGCUUUCAGAAUGCACUCCCAACUAUGCUCUUGUUUCUCUUGUUUUCAGAUCAGACAUUGGAAUGCUUAUUCUUUGUUAAAGCUCAGUGGCACAGCUGUGUACACUACUAUGACACUUGCUGAAAUGACAGUUCUUUUCCCCACAAAAGCAAGGUAGUUCUGAAUACUGUGUUACAAUGUUGUGUUAGCACGGGGCUUUUUCUCUCUGAGGUUCUGGAUGUCUCUGUCUGAGAUGUGUGGGCUCUGUGUGUUUCUCUUUAUUCUCAGGACACCUCUCUGCAUGGCCAAUGUGCAUCUGCAGAUGCUUCACUGGUGCUGCCCAGUGAAAGUGGGUGUUGCUCCCAUGCAGCCAUUGCACUGCAGUCAUUUCCAGCUCUGCAGGCAAGAAGGCUGGAGUUUUGAUCCUUUCAGGGCAGAGAGCAGAGCAGCAAAACACCCGACAAAUUCUUUCCUUGGCCUGUCAGUGUGGGUUUGGUGUUCUGUCUCCCUGGGAUUGCCUGGGAAGUACAGCAGUGUCAGGACAAUCUGAGUUUGGACAGGUUAUAACUGCACAGAGUCAUGAAAACAUGUCCAUUGCCUGGGCAUGAAAACACCACAUAUCCAUUAAAGACAAUAUUCUGAAGAUCAAAUGAAGAACUUGAAAGCAGGACUUUUGAGUUUUGUUUCUCAUUCUUGUUUCUGAAUUUAUUGUUUUUCUCUUGGGAAGAGAAAGCUGUCGCCACAUGAUUGUCUGCAUUUGUGGUAGAGCAUUCUCAAGUGGUCCUUUCUCCUUCUACCCACUGAAAUGUACUGAGCAGUGUACUGAUCCUGUUCCUCUAGAGAAGGACUGCCACCCCAUCUAUAAAAACUGGUUGUUUGUAUGAUGUCUGUGAUGCAUGGAAUAUUCAGAAAGACUCCCUCACGCUGUAUUGUGCUGUAGUUGUAGAGAGUAACAUUGUGAACUGGUAUACCUCUGAGUUUAACAAUUGAAAAAAUUGGAUGCUGGGACUCUCUCUUCAGGACAGUUCAACACUCUUCCCUUUAACUUGCUGUGGUCUGCUCAGCCAUUGGAGUCAUGACCCAUGGUAAGACGGAAGCCGGUCUGCAUCAUAGGACAAUGAUUCCUCAAGAUUAUAUCUGGAUUUGCCAUUGGUUUACCAAUUUCUUGAAAAUUCUAUUCAGGAUUAAUAUCUACCACUCCAUAAACAAUGACCGAAGUAAAAGAAGCCAUAGUUCACUCACUUAGUAAUUUGUUUCAGCUCUCUUACUUCCAUUGGUAACAGGCUUUAAGUGUGUGCUUACCACUGACAGCAAUGCUCUUGAUUUUCUGUGUGACAACACAGAGGAUUUUUCAGUUCUGGGCUUUAGUAUGAUGUCACUGUUGGCCAAACAAAUCAUGUCCUCACUGAAAUGCAAAAUGGCCUUUGUUAUACUUCAGGAAAGCAAGGAAGUUAUGAGUAUUGAGUGACCAUGUCAUGUGAGCACGAGGCCCUUUCUUGCCUGAGUUUUGGAUGUCUCUGUCUGAGAUGGGAGCUCUGUAUGCAGACAUUGAAUAUGUGCAGAUGCUUCAGCAGUGCUGCCUGCUGAAGCAGGGAGUUGCUCCCAGCCAGCCAGUGGAGCACAGGCAGCUGCAGCUGAGCAGGGAAGGAGGAGAUUUGGGCCCUUUCAGUACAACAGUCUCACAUUCCUUAUCUAGCAUGAGUACAGCAACAAAAUGCACAAGGAAAUCUUCCUUUGGCUGGCAAGAAGGGCUUGGGUGUUCUGUCACCUCAGGCUUGCCUUGGAAAUAGAGAGGAGCACAAAUGGUGUUAGGGUAGACUGCAACUGAACAGGGCUGUAACAUGGAACAGAAACAUGUUCAUUGUCAUUGAAUGCAUUGUAGGAAAAAUCCACAAAUAUUAAAAGAUAAUUAUUGGAAGGAAGAGUCAAGCAGAACUUAAAGAUGUUGAGAUCACUCUGUUCAUUGUUCUUCCUGUAUCCCAAGGCUUGUUGAUGGCACUAGAAAACUGUCCCCACACGAUUUUCUGUGUUUGUGUCAGAGCAUUUGCAUUUCCAUGUUUGCCUGUUCUGCUUUGACCCACAGAAAUGGACUGAGCACUGUUAUAAGCCUGUUCCUCUAGAGAAGGACUGCCAACCCAUCUAGAAUAACUGGUUGUGUGAAUGAUGUCUGUGAUGCAUGGAAUAUUUAGAAAAACUCUCUCAUGCUGUUUCCUCCAAAGUAAUAAAGAUUAAUACUGUGAAUUGGUAUACCUCUGAGUUUAACUAU